GGAGCUUGUUGGCUCUUGAGCCAAGCAGCGGCAGCCAAUGGCUUGCUGCCGAGUAGCUCUCCCAUGUGGGACCGGUGGCGCUUGCGGCGCAGUGGAGGGCGAGCGAGCGAACGAUGGUUGUGUGUGUGUUGCUCCUGUUGGCCUGGCUCCCUGCUCCCAUCCUCAGCCUGAAGCCAGUGAGCGCCCACCGCCGCUUCGAAUACAAGCACAGCUUCAAAGGUCCGCACCUGGUGCUGCAAGAUGGUACCAUCCCUUUUUGGACCCACCACGGCAAUGCCCUUCCCAGCUCUGAACGCAUUCGAGUUGUUCCCUCAAUGAAAAGCCAAAGUGGAUCAGUUUGGACCAAGAGUAAUGCAGCGUUUGAGAACUGGGAAAUAGAAGUUUCAUUUCGGAUAAGUGGCAGGAACAGAAUUGGAGCUGAUGGAUUGGCCAUAUGGUAUACCAGAGAAAAGGGACCGACAGGGCCGGUUUAUGGCGCAGUUGAUCACUGGGAUGGAGUUGGCAUCUUCCUUGACACAUACGACAAUGACGGCAAGAUGAACAAUCCAGCCAUCCUUGUGGUAGGAAAUGAUGGACGUCUUACAUAUGAUCACUUGAAUGACGGAGGAAGCCAGACCUUGGGCUCCUGUUUCCGUGAUUAUCGCAACAUCUAUCACGCUGUGAGAAUCAGAGUAAGGUAUUACCAGAAGACAUUACAGGUACACUUAAAUAUGGGCCAGACUGAUCUCGACGAGAGCUACGAAUUGUGCACAGAAGUGAAGGAUAUGAACCUUCCUUCGAGUGGAUACUUUGGCAUUUCAGCAGCCACUGGAGGAGUUGCUGAUGACCAUGAUGUUCUGUCCUUUCUCACAUUCAGCUUGACGGAGCCUGGAACAAUGGAUCCUUCAAGCCAGCUCCCCAGUGUAGAGCAGGAGGAGUAUCAAAAGGAGUAUGAGCGCUUUGAGAAAGACUUGGAGAAACGUAAAGACGAAUUUCAGAAAGAACACCCAGAGUUGCAGACACCAGACGAAGAGGCGUUUGAGACGGAGGGUCAGAGGGAGUUUCAGAUGAUCGCCGGAGGGCAGCGGAUGAUCCACGAGGAGUUGGAGAAACUUCGAGAGAGGUUGGACGCUGCGUUUACGGAACAGAGGCGGCACUCGGAUUACCUGAGCAGGAUGGGCAAGGACGAGCGGACCACCACAGCAGGAGGACAUCCAGAGCAGGACACCGGUGGCUCCGAGAGACUGGCAUUGCUGCUUAACGGUCAAAAGGAGAUGGUUCAGCAAGUGCAAGAGAUAAGUGUCAACAUUGCAGACAUGUUAUCCAAGAUGAGGCAAAGUCAGCAGUCGUUAAAUGCCAUCACUGAAGACAAAAGCCAUGUCAAUGAGAUCCAGGAACACAUUCACGUCGUGAAAAAUGGCAUUAACAGCUUAACUAACACUAAGGUUCAACAAGUCAGCUGCCCGAAGGUCCCACCUAUUCCAUCAUGUACUUCAGCUUGGCAUUUCUUGGUGUUCAUUGUCCUCCAGUCUGUAUUCUUUCUCUCUUACUUAAUACACAGGAAUAGAAGAGAAAUCAAUUCCAAGAAAUUUUUCUGAGGGGUUGCACUGGAAUCAUGAAAAUUGUGGGUCGAGAUGUUUUUGAAAGGUGUUUAUUAAUAAAUUUCUAAAGUAAUUGCGUGCUGUAAGGCUGCCUUAUUAGAUGGUCUUUACAUGACAUUCUAAGUCGGGCACAUCAAAUGGUCAGUAGCUGUGACUACUAUCAUCAUAUAUUACUUUCAUAGUGAAUAUUUUUUUAAAAAAUAAUCUAAUUUGAAAGUUGACAUUUACAUGAAAUUACACUGGAACAUAUUUUCUAUUCUAACAUAAUUCUAAUGUAACAAUUGUUCAGAUUUAUACAAAAUUUAUUCAGUGUUUAUAUACUAAAACAGUGUUUGUUCAACUGCUCCUUUUUGCAUUAACUGAAGUGAUGAUCUCAACAAAUGUCCUAAUUUAUUUCAAUCGAUUUUUUAAACAAAUGGUAUGUUGUAACAACUUGUACAAUGAAAUAAAUGUCAUAA